CGCUCUGACAGAAGGAAGCAAGACCGCGAGUAAGAGUGAGUUGGGGAAGAAAGAGUGUGGGAGGGUGGGAAAGCCCUCCCCCCCGACAAAUGUCUCGAUGGAUCCACUCCUUCAUAACCCCUCUCCUCUCCAGCCUUGCGCAGAUGGCCAAAGUGUCCAACCGGACUGUGAAUCUGCUCGGACGGCCACAGUAUGACAAGAUGACAGCAGAUUAGAUAUUUAACUCUUUACCCCCUGCUUUGUUUUAUUUAGUGUGUAGUAAAAGUCAAAGUAGUCAAACACCCGGCACACGAGCACUUGGCUACAUGUGAAUGUCUGCCGGUCUCCCAGCGCACUGCGCUGGUGAUGCCAUGCCGCGAAGUCACACCGGCGAAGAGAGCAGCGGCACCGGGCUCUGGCUGAAGAACUCUGCAGGACGCCGGGCACAGGACUACACACUGAAAGAUGUGGAGUCUGGGCGGAAGACGAUGAAUAACGCGGUGCGAGUUGGUGACGGUCUCCUGUCUCCCGCCACGGCAGGUGCGGUGGGAUCGGAGAGGAAGCAGGGUGCCCGGCUCAGCCUGCUGGGGAAGCCGCUGACCUACAGCGCGCAGAGCGGCCGCAGGAACGCGCGGUACCGGCGGCUCCAGAAUUACCUCUACAAUGUGCUGGAGAGACCGCGGGAAUGGGCUUUCGUCUACCACGCUUUUGUGUUCAUCCUGGUGUUUGGAUGUCUGGUUCUCUCUGUGUUUUCCACCAUCCCUGCUCACCAGGAGUUCUCCGCACACUGCCUGCUCAUCCUGGAGUUUGUGAUGAUUGUAGUGUUUGGUCUGGAGUACAUCAUCAGGAUAUGGAGUGCUGGCUGCUGCUGCCGCUACAGAGGCUGGCAGGGACGCCUCCGCUUCGCCAGGAAACCGUUCUGUGUCAUAGACAUCAUCGUACUCAUUGCCUCGGUUGCUGUGGUUUCAGCCGGUAGCCAGGGUAACAUCUUCGCCACCUCUGCGCUGCGUAGCCUUCGUUUCCUGCAGAUCCUGCGCAUGGUGCGCAUGGACCGCAGGGGAGGGACCUGGAAGCUGCUGGGGUCUGUAGUAUAUGCACAUAGUAAGGAGCUGGUGACUGCCUGGUACAUUGGGUUCCUGGUGCUAAUCUUUUCCUCCUUCUUGGUCUAUCUGGUGGAGAAAGAAUUCAACAAGGACUUUGCUACCUACGCCGACGCUCUGUGGUGGGGCACGAUCACCCUUACAACCAUCGGCUACGGUGACAAGACCCCACAGACGUGGACCGGAAGGUUAUUAUCAGCCGGUUUUGCUCUGCUAGGAAUCUCCUUCUUUGCUCUGCCAGCUGGCAUCCUCGGGUCAGGUUUUGCCCUGAAAGUGCAGGAGCAGCAUCGACAGAAACACUUUGAGAAGAGGAGGAACCCAGCUGCCAGCCUCAUCCAGUGUGUCUGGCGUAGUUAUGCUGCUGAUGAGAACUCGGUUUCCAUUGCUACCUGGAAGCCUCAUUUGAAGGCGUUGCAUACCUGCAGCCCCGCCAAAAAAGAGCAGGGCGAGACUACUUACAGUCAGAAGUUGAGUUUCAAAGAGCGGGUCCGGAUGGCGAGCCCCCGUGGUCAGAGCAUGAAGAGCAGGCAGACGUCUAUCAACGACCGCCAACGCUCUUCCCCCAGCAGCGAGGUGGUGGGCGGGGCCGAGCUGAUGGGAGGGAGCCCUGCCAAAGUGCAGAAGAGCUGGAGCUUCAACGAUCGGACCCGAUUUAGGCCGUCUCUCAGGCUGAAGAGCCAGACUCGUACUGCUGUCCCAGAUGUUGACACAGGCAUGACCACAGAGGAUUCUUUUGAUGAGAGAGGCUGCCAUUGUGAUGUUACUGUGGAGGAUCUAUCAGCUCCCCUCAAGGCUGUCAUCAGAGCGGUCAGGAUCAUGAAGUUCCACGUGGCCAAAAAGAAGUUUAAGGAGACAUUGCGUCCGUACGAUGUGAAGGAUGUCAUUGAGCAAUACUCUGCAGGACAUCUGGACAUGCUCUGUCGCAUCAAGAGCCUCCAGACAAGGGUGGAUCAGAUUCUGGGAAAAGGCCAGAUUCCUGUGGAUAAGAAGAUGAGGGACAAGCUGCACCCAGAUGGAGACUCUCUGGAGGGCAUGAGCAUGCUUGGACGUGUGUGUAAGGUGGAGAGACAGGUAACUUCCAUUGAAUCAAAGUUAGACUCUUUGCUGGAUGUUUACCGACAAGUCUUGCAGAAAGGCCCCACAUCGCUCACCCUCUCUUCCCUGCCCCUGUUCGAGCUGGACAACCACCAGCACCUCAACUCGGACUACCAGAGCUCCAUCAUCGGCAGGGAUCUCCCCUCUCCCCAGGGAGGUGAUCCAGUAGUCGGUGGAGGAGACAACAAUGGGGGCAUACGCCGUGGUCUUAGCGCCAACCCCAGAGGCCUGCGUCUCAUCCUGGCACCUGCUGAUGAUGACGUCCCCCCAGACUCAGCACCUCCAUCCUACCCCCCGUCCACAGCGUCACUCUCCCCAUCACCCCUGCUGCCUCCUGAUAGCCCCUACCCAACCUUAGUCACCCCCAACGGUACCUCCAAAAGAGCACACUUCCCCGACCUGCCCCCUCCACCUCCCUCAACAGGGGGUUUCACCCUCCGGCUGCCCCCCAUGUUGCAUCCCUCCCACCUCCGAUGCCCAGCUGACCCCGUCCCAGAUGAAAUGACAGAUGAUUUACCGGCAGAUGAGGGGAGCCUGGGCCCCUCUGUCGUUGUGGGAUCCAGUGUGGAUGCCGACCAAGAGGGGGACAGUGAGGCAGGCGCUGCUCAGGAACGGGUGCAGCUGCGGGAGAAGCCUGGCUUGAAGUCUGAGGGAGUCUGGAGGAGGCACAUGAGCCUGGAGGUUAACCCCCUGCUGCUGCUGUCAUCUAGCCCAGACGAGAGGCCUUCAGACUGGGGAGGCAGUCUCGGGAAAUCCCUCUCUGUGCACAAUCUCAGCCAGCCUUUGACCAACCGUGCCCCUGGUCUCUCCUCUGCGCUCAACAACAGCAGCAGCAGCAACGGUAGCAAACAUGGCAAUGCCCACGGUGACCUUAGCAGCUGGGAUGGAACAGAACUCUUCAUUAGUGAGUGCAAGCUGGAGCCAGCAGAGGAACAUUUCAACUUCCUGUCCCAGGGACCCAACAGCAGCCCCUCAGACCUUUUACAGACUGUGGAGGAGGCUGCACCUCACCCCGACUUCCUCAGUCAGUCCCCACACAUACAGCUGGCAUAACCACACACACACACAC